AUGAUUGCAUCGAUAACGAUUACCACCGCGGACAACUCCAUCGCCACCGGUAGGCCCACCGUGGCAUUCACCACUCCACAAAACUACGCCACCAGACUGUCUCAGCUACUCACUCUCAAGUCUCUCACUCCCCUAUGGUGUCCGACCAUCAUCACCGGACCCACCCCGCAAAUUCUCUCCUCCCUAGCCCUCCACCUCGCUCCCUCCACCAUUUCUUCCAUCUCCGCCGUCGUAUUCCCUUCCCGCACCGCCAUCACCGCAUUCUCAACCGCCAUAAAAUCACUAGCAACUCCUCUUUUACCUACGAAGGGCGAUUCAUUCAUCGUCGGCGCCCUAGGUAAAGACGCAGAGCUAAUUGACACUGAAUUUUUGCUUAAUUUUUGUUCAAAUAUUGAUAGAAUCAGGGUUUUAGUUCCUCCAACGGCGACUCCGACCGGUCUAGUCCAAUUGCUUGGGGCUGGAGGUGGUCGCAGAGUGUUGUGUCUAGUUCCGGAGGUAGUCGGACUGGAAGAGCCUCCGGUUGUUCCGAAUUUUCUCAGGGAGCUACAGGCUUCCAGUUGGUCGCCGGUUAGGGUGGAUGCGUACCAGACAAGGUGGUUAGGACCAUCAUGCGCGGAGGAAAUAGUGAAUAGGAGUGAGGCAAAGACGGAGGAGGGAAAUGGAUUGGAUGCUGUGGUAUUUACCAGUAGUGCGGAAGUGGAAGGGUUGUUGAAGAGCUUGAAUGAGUUAGGAUGGGAUUGGGAGACGGUGAGGCGUAGAUGGCCGGAUUUGGUUGUGGCAGCGCAUGGGCCGGUCACAGCGGCAGGAGCCGAGAGGCUGGGCGUCGACGUUGAUGUUGUGAGUGGCAGAUUUGGUAGUUUUGAUGGCGUUGUGGAUGCUCUACAUGUUAGGCUGCGAGGUUUGGGUUCUAAAUGCAUGUAA